CCACUCUACUGUACACUGAUGGAGCCGCUCAUCUGUAGCAGUCCCGGCUCCACAGCUCCGUGACAGAGACACGCUGCGGCUCCGCGCCGACGCUGCCAAACCAUUAACCGUCGGACGAUGGCAAGCCCCGGCCACAGCUGAUCCAUAAACCCCGUGCGCACUGCAGAUCGCGUCCCGAGGACUUUCAAACUGAAGGAAUGCGUCGCUGCACUGACGCGGCGUAGUAAAGUAACAGCGGGAGGUCAACUGGAGACGCUGGAGGCUUUCGCUGCCAAGUUUACGCACUGAAUUCGCCGUCACUCGCGGUGUGAGAAGGUUUUUCUCCGUGAAUGAAUCAACGACGCCGCUGCCGAGACGCGUCUAGUCGAGAGAUAUUCACGCGCUUUUGGGAAGAAGCUGCGCGUGUGAAAUUCUCGAAUUCUCCUCGUAGAAGGGAGACUUUGUCCAGACAGAGCGUUUUCGGAGACAUUUGAGUCCAGCGCAAAGCCAAGACAUCACCAGAGGGGGGGGACUGGAUAAUCGCGAGAUCCGCUUCACGUGUGGAGAAACAUGUGAAGACCCUUGCGAAGCUCUGACCUGAAAGUUAGCCUUCAACAAUAAAAAGGCAAAGGUCUCUUCCCCUCAUCCAUUCUCUCUGAAUCCUCUGCACUUCCCCUCGCAGUCCCAUUAAACCAUGGAGGGCCGAAGGUCUACAAGCAGGACUUUGUCACCUGACCCCAAUGUAGGAGCUUUUACUACUUUGCUCGUCUUCUGUCUCUUAGCGCUCCCUGUCUUGUGCAGCGGACAGACACUCACUAGUUUCCACCCUGAACGUCGGGACUGGGUCUUCAAUCACCUGACAGUCCACCAAACCACAGGGGCACUGUAUAUUGGGGCGGUCAACCGUGUGUACAAGCUCUCGGGCAAUCUUACCCUGCUUGUUUCCCAUGAUACAGGCCCAGAGGAUGACAACAAGGCCUGCUACCCGCCUCUGAUUGUCCAGCCAUGUUCUGAGCCCCUUGUCUCUACCAACAAUGUCAACAAGCUUCUCCUCAUUGAUUAUUCCCAAAAUCGUUUGCUGGCUUGUGGCAGCCUCUACCAGGGUGUUUGCAAACUUCUCAGACUGGAUGACCUUUUUAUUUUAGUGGAGCCAUCUCAUAAGAAAGAGCACUACCUCUCUAGUGUCAACCAGACUGGGACCAUGUAUGGGGUCAUUGUGCCGUCACAGGGCCAGGAUGGGACCCUGUUUAUUGGCACGGCAGUAGAUGGGAAACAGGACUACUUCCCCACCAUCUCGAGUCGAAAACUGCCCCGUGACCCAGAAUCUUCCGCUAUGCUAGACUAUGAAUUGCACACUGACUUCGUUUCCUCCCUCAUCAAGAUACCGUCAGACACACUGGCACUGGUCUCCCACUUUGAUAUUUACUAUGUUUACGGCUUUGCCAGCGGCAGCUUUGUGUACUUCCUGACUGUGCAGCCCGAGACACCGGAGAACAGCAUGUCAUCGAGUGGAUCCACCAGCGACCUUUUUUACACCUCUCGCAUUGUCCGCCUCUGCAAAGAUGACCGCAAGUUUCACUCCUAUGUCUCUCUCCCCAUCGGCUGUGUGAAAAACGGCAUUGAGUACCGACUACUGCAGGCCGCCUACCUCGGCAAGCCGGGGCGCGUACUCGCAGCCUCGCUCAACAUUGGCGCUCAAGACGACGUGCUCUUCACCAUCUUCUCCAAGGGGCAGAAGCAGUUCCAUCGGCCCCCAGAUGACUCAGCACUCUGUGUUUUCACCAUCCGAGACAUCAAUGCACGAAUCAAGGAGCGCCUGCAGUCUUGCUACCAGGGAGAAGGAAAUCUUGAGCUAAACUGGCUGCUUGGGAAAGAUGUGCAGUGCACCAAAGCGCCGGUGCCCAUUGACGACUCUUUCUGUGGUCUGGACAUCAACCAGCCACUUGGAGGCUCUCAGCUGGUGACCGGUCACACUCUCUACACCGAGACCCGGGACCGCAUGACUUCUGUCACCUCCUAUGUCUACAAUGGCUACUGUGUAGCCUUUGUGGGCACCAAGAGUGGUAGGCUGAAAAAGAUCCGCGUCGACGGGCCUCCUAACGGCGGCGUCCAGUAUGAGACGAUAUCAGUCGUCAAAGACGGCAGCCCCAUCCUGAGAGACAUGGCCUUCUCCCUUGACCGCAACUACCUCUACGUCAUGUCUGAGAGACAGGUGACCCAAGUUCCCAUCGAGUCAUGUGAGCAGUACGGGACAUGUGGAGAGUGCCUGAGCUCUGGGGAUCCACACUGUGGCUGGUGUGUCCUGCAUAACAUCUGCUCUCAGAGGAACCGGUGUGAGCGCGCAGAUGAGCCGUAUCGUUUCGCCGCGUCUCUCAACCAGUGUGUGAAGGCCACGGUGUACCCAGACAGCAUUGCGGUGUCAGAACCCAGCGUACCUCUGCUGGUGAAGGUGAGCGAUGUUCCGGACCUUUCUGCGGGCAUCACCUGCUCCUUUGGCAACCUGACGGAGGUAGAUGGGCAGGUCAAUGGCAACCAGAUUCUCUGUGUGUCUCCUGCUGCCAAGGACGUCCCCCUCAUCCCCACCGACCAAGAUUGGUCAGGUGUUGAAUUAAGACUCAAUUCUAAGGAGACUGGUCAGAUGCUUAUCAGCACAGAGGUCAAGUUUUACAACUGCAGCGUCCACCAACUGUGUCUGUCGUGUGUGAACAGCGCCUUCCGAUGCCACUGGUGCAAGUACCGCAACUUGUGCACCCACGACCCUUCCAGCUGUUCCUUCCAGGAGGGACGGGUCAACGCUUCAGAGGAUUGUCCCCAGCUGGUGCGAUCUGAGGAGAUUCUGAUCCCAGCAGGAGAGGUGAAGCCUAUCACCCUGAAGGCCAAGAACCUGCCACAGCCUCAGUCUGGCCAGAGAGGCUACGAGUGUGUCCUCCACAUCCAGGGUGUCAGUCACAGAGUUACUGCCCUGCGCUUCAACAGCUCGAGUGUGCAGUGUCAAAACAGCUCGUAUCUGUACGAGGGAAUGAAGAUCAGUGAGCUGCCAGUGGAUUUCUCAGUGGUCUGGAAUGGCAACUUCAUUAUUGAUAACCCAGAGAAUAUUCAAGUGCACCUUUAUAAGUGUGCGGCGCAGCGAGACAGCUGUGGCAUGUGUCUGAAGGCACAGAGGAAGUUCCAGUGUGGCUGGUGCAGUGGAGAGGGAAGGUGUACGUUACGGCACCACUGCCCUCUCAUCAACCCUUACACCACCCGCUGGCUGAACCUGUCCAGCAAGAAUGUCAAGUGCACCAACCCACGCAUAACAGAGGUGACCCCGGUGGCUGGACCCCCAGAAGGAGGCACACGGGUGACCAUCCAUGGCACAAACCUCGGGCUGGCCUUUUCGGACAUGGUGGGCAAUGUGGAGGUGGCGGGAGUGAGGUGUACGCCUGUAGAGGAGGGCUACAUCAUAGCCGAACAGAUUGUGUGUGAGAUGGAUGCAGCCCCCACUGACAGCAGACCCGGUCCAGUCCAGCUGUGCGUAGCAGAGUGCAGACCAGAACUCAGAGCUCGCUCCUCACAACUCUACUCCUUUGUGACUCCCACAGUCACAGGUCUGUCUCCAAGCAGAGGUCCAGAGUCCGGAGGCACCAAAGUGACCAUCAUGGGAGAAAAUCUGGGCGCCGGCAGCAGUGUUAGUGUUCAGUUUGGGAACCAGACCUGCGAGUUCUUUGGACGGACCAUGGCGGAGAUCGUGUGCUACUCUGCUCCCUCUCUGUCCGGCGUUGGCCCCGUGCAGAUCAGCGUGAGCGUGGACCGCGCCCAAGUCAGGGAGAGCCUCACCUUUGAGUACAUCGAGGACCCCACUGUCCAGCGUAUCGAGCCAGACUGGAGCAUUGCGAGUGGCCACACCCCUCUGAUGGUCACAGGAACCAAUCUGGAUGUGGUCCAGGAGCCCAGGAUCCGAGUCAAAUAUGCCGGCCGAGAGUCUGUCAACGUGUGUAAAGUGUUGAACACCACGAGCAUGAGCUGCUUCGCCCCCUCCCUGAUGGCGGAGUAUAACCCAGGCUUGGACACAGUGAAACACGCGGACGAGUUCGGCUUCAUCUUCAACAACGUCCAGGCACUGCUGGUCUACAACAACACCAACCUCCUCUACUACCCCAACCCUUACUUUGAGCCUCUCAGCAACUCUGGAGUCCUGGAGCAAAAACCAGGUUCACCCAUCAUUCUCAAGGGCAGAAACCUGGUUCCCCCAGCAUCAGGAGGGGUAAAGCUUAACUACACGGUACUGAUUGGAGAGACCCCCUGUUCCGUCACCGUGUCUGAGAGCCAGCUGCUGUGUGAGCCACCCAACCUCACUGGACAAUACAAAGUCAUGGUUCAAGUGGGUGGCCUCCACGUGUCUCCCGGCACGGUCAACAUUAUGUCCGACAGCCUUCUGACCCUUCCCGCCAUCGUCAGCAUCGCCGCAGGUGGCGGCCUCCUCCUCAUCAUUGUUAUCCUGGUUCUCAUCGCCUACAAGCGGAAGUCACGUGAGAACGAUCUCACGCUCAAACGCUUGCAGAUGCAAAUGGACAACCUGGAGUCGCGCGUCGCCCUGGAGUGCAAAGAAGCCUUUGCUGAGCUACAGACAGACAUCAACGAGCUGACCAGUGACCUGGACAGAGCUGGUAUCCCCUAUCUGGACUACCGGACUUAUGCAAUGAGAGUCCUCUUCCCCGGCAUAGAGGAUCAUCCUGUCCUCAGAGAGCUGGAGGUGUCAGGUAAUGGCCAGCAGAAUGUGGAGAAGGCCUUGAAGCUGUUUGGCCAGCUCAUCAACAACAAAGUGUUCCUGCUCACCUUCAUCCGCACACUGGAAAUGCAGCGCUCUUUCUCCAUGAGGGACCGCGGCAACGUGGCCUCACUUAUCAUGACGGCGCUGCAGGGACGACUGGAGUACGCCACCGAUGUCCUCAAGCACCUGCUGUCAGACCUCAUUGACCGCAACCUGGAGAGCAAAAACCACCCCAAGUUACUGCUGCGCAGGACAGAGUCAGUCGCAGAGAAGAUGCUCACAAACUGGUUUGCCUUCCUCCUUCACAAAUUCCUCAAGGAGUGCGCUGGUGAGCCUCUGUUCAUGCUGUACUGCGCCAUCAAGCAGCAGAUGGAGAAGGGGCCCAUCGAUGCCAUCACGGGAGAGGCCCGCUACUCCCUCAGUGAAGACAAACUCAUUCGCCAGCAGAUCGAGUACAAAACCCUGAUCCUGAACUGUGUGAACCCGGACAACGAAAACAGUCCAGAGAUUCCCGUGAAGGUUCUGAACUGUGACACUAUCACCCAAGUGAAGGAGAAGAUACUGGAUGCCGUGUACAAGAACAUGCCCUACUCUCAGCGGCCGCGUGCUGUCGACAUGGACCUCGAGUGGCGCCAGGGGCGAAUGGCUCGCGUGGUGUUGCAGGACGAAGACAUCACCACCAAGAUAGAAAAUGACUGGAAGCGGCUCAACACUCUCAUGCACUACCAGGUGUCGGACCGCUGUGUCGUGGCUUUGGUGCCGAAACAGACCUCGUCGUACAACAUCCCCUCCUCGGCCAGCAUAUCACGCACUUCCAUCAGCAGAUAUGACUCUUCAUUCCGCUACACGGGCAGUCCGGACAGCCUUCGCUCUCGUGCUCCCAUGAUCACCCCUGAUCUAGAAAGUGGCGUGAAGGUGUGGCACCUGGUGAAAAACCACGAACAUGGGGACCAGAAGGAAGGGGACCGUGGUAGCAAAAUGGUCUCGGAGAUUUAUCUGACCAGGCUACUCGCAACGAAGGGCACACUGCAAAAGUUUGUCGACGAUCUAUUCGAGACGUUGUUCAGCACAGUUCACAGGGGGAGCUCUCUCCCCUUGGCCAUCAAAUACAUGUUUGACUUCCUGGAUGAGCAGGCGGACAAACAUGCCAUUCACGACACAGACGUGCGUCACACGUGGAAGAGCAACUGCCUUCCACUGCGUUUCUGGGUGAACGUGAUCAAGAACCCGCAGUUUGUGUUUGACAUCCAUAAGAGCAGCAUCACAGACGCCUGUCUGUCUGUCGUCGCUCAGACUUUUAUGGACUCUUGCUCCACGUCAGAGCACCGUCUCGGCAAGGACUCCCCAUCCAAUAAGCUGCUCUACGCUAAAGACAUCCCAAAUUACAAGAGCUGGGUAGAAAGGUACUAUGCUGACAUCAACCGGCUGCCAUCUAUCAGUGACCAGGACAUGAAUGCCUAUUUGGCAGAACAGGCCAGACUCCACUCCACAGAGUUCAACAUGCUCAGCGCGCUCAAUGAGAUCUACUCUUAUGUCAGAAAGUACAGCGAGGAGAUCACAGCAGCUCUGGAUCAGGACGAACAGGCAAGGAAGCAGAGGCUGGCCUACAAGGUGGACCAACUCAUUUCUGCAAUGUCCCUCGAGAGCUGAGACUGACCCCUGCUGACAGAGGGAGGGAGAGAGAGAGAGAGAGAGAGAGAGAGAGAGAAAGGACCACAGUCUGUACUGGACCUCCUGAAAUGGUCCUGCAUCACUUACCUCUCAUUGUGGGGGUUACAGGCCCCCAAACCAGACCUGGGAUAUAUGUGUCCACAGCCAGACAUCCAUACACCUACAAUUCUUUUCCUUUCAUGAAAACAUCAGCUGAGGGUCCACAGACAGAGACACAGGCCCUGCAGCUGGAGCAGACAAUAGCAUAAGGAAGGAACAUCAGCAGAGAAGACAGCGACAUGGCUUGUAUUUAUUUUUCUUUUGGUUUCUUUAAAUUGCGUGUGUUUGUGUGAGUGUGUGUGUGUGUGUGCGUGUGUGAGUGCAUGAGAGUGUUUUUUUUUUUUUGUCGUAUAAAAUGAAGACUCCUGUGAAAGACUUGAGAGAGCAAAUGAGGAAACGGAUUCUUCCUCCAAUUGCUCGGAAACUCGCAUCCAAGUGUGAGAUGGAGAUGGCAAAAAAAAAAAAAGAAAGAAAAGAAAAGCGAGAAGCACAGGAGCAAAUCUCACGUUGGACUACUGAGUUUGCAUUCAGAUCCCUCAGAUUUUAUUUUUGUACUUGUACAUUUGAAUAUCAUCAGUCCCAGUUGGAAUAACUGCCCACUGUGCUGUAGGUGCUGUUGUAUAAAAGACACGUGGGGUGUUGGACUACAGCAGAGUGGUGCGGUCGUUGAACGAGCCACGGUCCAUGUCUUCUCUCACUUCUUGCCUCCUCGGACCAAUGCUUCACAUGACACAGACUGAGAGUCUGCUCUUUCAUCCAAUCAGACGUGUACAGGAACAUCGCGACGCCUGUGCUCGUCGUCAAACGAGUCGGACGGACUCCGCUCGUGGCGGUCACAGUUCAGCCAGCAUGCUUGCACCUGAAUCUGAGGGUGACAGAGAUGAAGUCCACCGUGUAUUUAGAAGAAGACCUGAAAUCAGCAUCGCUCUGGUGUCCAAGGCUUUCUUCGGCAGUUAAGUCAUCUGUGUAUGUACUGGUCAAUACUUGCCAAUCAGUGUAUGUGAAUGUACAAAAUGUGUUUUUUUUUUUGUUUUUUUAUAUGUAUGUCUAUUUGAGUUUUGCAAAACACAAAAGGGGCUCAGUUGAGCUGAGCUCCUUUGAUAUUUUCAGCACUUCGUCAAGUGAACAGUUGCAUUUGUGUGUCCUGACUUCACCUGGCCCAUCCAGCUACUUCCCCAAACACCAUGUUCCCCUGAAUCGCUCUUCUACUAGAGGAGAGUGUGUGUCAUCUGCGUUGUGGGCGAGAACAAACGGUUUCCACACACUAACACUCUCAAUGAUAUACCGGCCGUUUGUAUCUCUGUGGGAAACUUGAUCACCUUUAUGUGUCCAUGCAUGCACUCGAACAUCACACAUGCUUAAGGUCCUAUCUUUGAUUUUAUCAAGUGCCAAUGAGUCAGCUGAUGGAAGAUUUUACCUGACUGCCACCCAUGUCUUGUUUACGCAGACAAUGAGAAGCCAAUCUGCGUCGGUCUACUUCGACCUAGUGCCAAAAAAAUCCUGUCAUGUCAGAUUCUUUGCCAAUGUGUCAAAAAAAAAACGGUUUAUGCUUUACAGAGAGAGCAAAGGUGUCGUAUUUAGAGUGUCGAGGUGUAGAGCUGCUUAAGUGGAACCUAGAAUAACUGGAAGGAGUUUAAAGGAAAUCACAAAAAGGUACGAAACAAUAGCAAAUGAAAUAAAAUGGGAUAUUUGGAUAGCGAAUUCAAGAGCAAAGGAAAAAAUGGUUUGUGUUACUUGAAUGCAUCUCGUGACUUAAACCAAACAGUCACACAGCUAAAACGCUGAUGUGGACCCCCACCCCACCCCCCACUCCAAAUUUUCAGUAGAUUCCAUCCUUUGAAUAGGUGAUUUCAUUUUCCUCUGAGAUAUAUAUAUAUAUAUAUUUGCUUGUUGUUUACACCAAGUACUUGAAAAUAUGUCGUAUUAACGGUUUGUACAGAAUACUGCGAGUGUGUGUGUGUGUGUUGAGACAUGAUAAACACCAUGAGUGGGUGAAAGGUGCUUCUUUUCUCUGUGGCCUUACAUACCCACCUGCUCACUGUUGCUGAUCUUAUUAGUCCUCAACUGGGGCACAAUUCUUUCAGUGCUUCACAGCCCAGUUGUUGUUUUUUUUAAUUCGGCAAUGCCUGUUGCAGGCUCUCUGCAGUGAGAUAAGUAUGAGCAAAAGGUGAAGAGGUGUAUGGCCUGACUCAGGCAGACACCGCCUGGCUCAGCACUCGGUUUGCCGGUACUGUCUGAAGAGAAGUGUUGAGAAAGGAAGAGGUAGAAAGAGAGAGAGCCCCUUCAGCUCUAGUUUCCCGCUCCAGCUUUGAAGCUCCUCUUUGAUCUGAGUCGGUUGUGUGCACGCAGUGUGAUCAGGAGAUGGAAAGAAAGAAGAAAAAAAACAUUUCAAGGCAAGGAGAAAUGUAAGAUGCUCUUACUGAGUCUGGCCAGUGGGGGCGGAAGGGGGUAAGAGUAGCCAGACUUUACUCCCUCAUAUGAAAAAGCACCUUUUCACUCCCUGAUGAACAUCUAGGUACACAAGGGCACACACACAGUCCACACACAAAAACAUAAAGCUUCUUCCUUUUGAUUAAGGUGUCUUCCCAAUGUCAGCAAAUAGAAUUGUAUCCUCCUCAUACCUCACAUUGCUUGUUUGGAGUAAUGCUUUUUUUAAAAUCAUUUUAACAGGACCUAAAUGCCUUUUCCUAUUCCAAGGGAUGAAUUGUAGGUUCAUUAGAGUCCUUCCCAACUCUUAGAUGAGCUCCUCCUCUAGAGUGUCUUUUGGUCUUUCUCUCAAAGACCAUUUUUAUCAGGACAUUUCCUUUUUGUCUUUUGUGAGAUUGUUUUGCAUGCAUUUUACUCCAUGAUUUAGUUGUGUGUGAUAUAUCCAUGUCGAGCUGUGCCAUCAUGAGUCUGACUGCAAUGCUUCCUGAAAGUCCAUUUGUAAAUGUCUUAAAAUCGCAGCAGAAAGCACCUUUUUUGUGAAAGAGAUUUUUUUUGUGUGUGUUCAGUUUUGUUUUGGUUAUUCAUAGCUUGUUUCUGGAAACCUUUUGAACUCAGUUUGAACUGAGAAAAGGGAUGUUUGUUUACUCUUUCUGCAGCGCAGAAAUGCUGUUUGACUACCAGUUGUGAUACGGAUAGAUGCUCCUAAACACAACCUCAUUUCAGUUCAAGCUGAUUGCAGAUGGAAGAUGCUAUGUGCACUUUUUUUUGCUUUUGGUGUGAUGUGUUGCCAGAUAGAUGGUGUUGUGGUUCUGACUGGCACACCAUCAUUCAUAUGAUGGAAUGACGUCAUCAUUCCAUAUAUAAAACAAAUCAUUUAAUUAGCUUCUUUUAUUCAUGACAUCAGCCAGAGGAACUGAAAUCCAGAUCAAUGUAAUAAUCUCAAAAUAUCACCAAGUAUAAAAUGACUAUCCUUACAUUUUAAAUCCACAUUGUAAGCAAACCCUUUGUAGACACUGGAGUUCUGUAAAAUAGUAAUUAAUGGCAAGAUGAUGAUGAUGAUGAUAAUAAUAAUGGCUGUCUGUUCUUGUUUUAUAAAAGUGUUGUGAAAAUUGUAAGAAACUUAAAGUAUUUAAAAAAAAGUUUGUUCUCUUGCUUUUUAUUUGCUUUGGUUUUGUUAUGAUAAUAUAUUAUUGUGUACCUAUUGUAAAUAUGAAGCACACCUAUUUUGCAAGCCAAGGAUUCACUUUGUACUGUUGUUAUAUAUAAAUAAACUUUGCUGGUUAAAAAUUGCAUAAUGAUGAAAA